AGCUGGUGAGGGGAAGGUGUGCGUUCCGUUCCAUUGCGCGGUUUGUGUGUGAAAACUUAUUUACAUUAGUGUCUGUGAAAACCAGGGUAAAUCUUUGUGAUAAAACAACACUCUAAAUGACACUAUAAGUAUUCUCUCUAAAGAAAAUGAGAGAAAAAAGGACUUAAUUUGUGAAAACGUGAUGACACUUGUUGCUGUGAAAAUUGGAACUACUUUUGUUCUUCAUAAUUCGACGAUUUAAAAGCUGUAGGUUGAACAUGUAGAUAAUAGUGCUGAAUGGUUUGGGGAAAAAAAGACAUAGAUAACUCGUGGAUAAAGAUCAUAAGUCACUGGAUUCUACCACACCCAGAGGACGCCCACGGUCUCCUGAAGCGGAUUCUCUGUUGACAGAUGACCGUAUCAGCGAGGUCAGAAAGUCAGACUGCAUGCCUGACCCUGGCUCCGUCAUCCGGGCAGCAUGAAGCGACGCAAGCACGCCCACGUCCACCUGCUGUAGAUAACCCAUAACCACGCCCUCCAGGGAGAGAUGGCCUCCACCAGGACCCCGGGCCAGAGGACUCGUGGCCAGUGGGGGUCAGAGGUCACUCCACCGGCCAGAGACCCCCCCAAUGACCCCUACUCCGAGAUUGAGUUGUACCUGAGGAAGGCUGAGGAGGAGAUCAGCGCGGUGUUCGUGGAGCCUGAAGCCAGACCAGCCAGCCGGGAGAACCACCCUCCACGCCCACGCACGCCCGCACGCCCACCACUGCUAGACGGACAAGCAUCGCCGUCUAAAAUCCGCAAAGUUUACAGUGGUGUUGGUGAGACGCCCACGUGCUCUGUGAGGCGUCAGGGGUCCACCCCGUCCUCACACCCCAGACGUCGUGUCCCCUUCUUCAGGAAGACCCGCCGCGUCUCAGCCCCCGCCCUCACCACUGCUCAAGUCCGCAAUGGUGGCUCUACCCCGCCCCCCUGGCAGCCCCGGACGGACCCGCAUCUGCAGCAGUGGUCCAAGGGCUUGCUGAAGGACUUUCAUUCCCUGGUGGAGGAAGAGAUCCGUACCCUUCACGGCCACCCCCCUCCACGACACACCAAUAACGGGGCCCCGGUAGACUUUAACUUCCAGAGAUUCUUGAGUGGUGACAGCGGCCAGGGAGUAGACGUCGCCAGGAGGAGUCGCCGUACUGGAGAGCGUGACAGUGUCGGCCAGCGUGGCGAGGAUGGUGGCAGGGAGAGGCGGCCAGUGAGGCGGGUGACUCUCCCCGGCCCUGUCAGCAACAACAUGGGCGCCACACACAGUGCAGGCCGCGACGACACCUUGACGGGGGAGCGGCAGGGGGCCUUCAAGACCUACACGUUGCCACGCUCAGGAGGCCACCGUAGCGUCAGUCUCUGCGGGGCCGGUGCCAUCACCUACCGCGCCUCCGCCGCCCAUCCCGACGACACCGACGUCAGCUGUCAACUACUUCGGGUCAAUCCUCGCUUCUCUCGCUCACACUCACUGGACGAGGGCGCCGGCCUCAGCCCCUGGGCGCUUCACCACCUCUCAGUCAUUGAUGGCGCCCACGCUGAGCCGCCCACGCCCGCGGACGCGAGCAACAGCACCAGUCAGGCCACCCUCUACCCCAUCGCUCAGUCUGAACCUGUUGAUGUCCCCGCCACGCCCCGCAGCGCCCGGGAUGCCGCCGCUCACAGCCUGUGUGAGGGCCACUACGGCAAGAUAAGGAAGACGGGGUACGCGGAGAAACACAAUGAACAGUUCCGGCCAAGUAUAGUAGAACGGCGCCAGGUGAACGGCGGCGGUCGGGGGCUGGCCAACGGGUGGAAGGACCACACCCAGCCCGCCCACCUUGCUGGUGCCGCCCACACUGACGCCACCAACUUUACCGACACCGCCAAGCUGCACAAGGCCUCAGAGACCUUCCUUAACACUAACGGUUCUUCAGCCUUCACGCCGUCGGAUCUGAGGAAGGGCGUGAGUGAGUCGUGGGAGUGGGCGGACCAGGAGGGCGCGUGUAGUCUUACUGACCGCCCGUGUGACCCCGAGGCGUGUCCACACUGUCGUGCCAGGUUGUUGUCUUCCACCACAGAUGAAAAGUCGACAAUUAACACUACAGACAACCCGGAGGAGACGACAGUGGUGGUGCCUGGGGAGGCAACAAGAGAAGCGGACGCCUCUGAGUAUAGGGAAAGAGUGUCAGUGUGUGUCACUGCUCCUGAAGUGACAGAUGACAAUAACUUUGAGGAAGUUAACAUGUUGGAUCUAGAACUGCCAGGAGAGAGACUGGCGUGUGGCAGAGAGUGUGGUGGGUCAGGGCGUAAGAGUGAGCCGUCCUUACUGAGCGUGAUAACACCUGGACAGCUGGACGCUCGCCGCCACACACUGCCGACCCCCAGGGUGUACGGCAGCCUGUCUCUCUUGUCAGCUCCCGCCCCGACCUUCAACACGUCGUCCUGGGAGACGCUGCCACCCGCUGACGAGCUGGAGGUGGAGCUGGAGGAGAAGCCCAUCACAGGGAGUGUAGUGCGGCCUCUCUCCCGCACCUCCAUCAGCCCCACGUCCUCCCGCUCUCUCAACUCGUCCCUCUCCUCACUGUCCCUUCUGAGUGUCCACCGAUCCCACUCUGAGUGUGACUCCUGGCCGUCGUCACCCGUCACUCAGCAGUACCUCACCCCGGAGAUAUUCUUCGACCCCACUACCAUCGCAUGUCACACGCCGGAUGACCUGGUCUUCAAGGAUUGGGAUGACGGAGACGUGAUCAUGACGGAGACCGAAGGAAGGAUGGAGGGCCCCAGGGAGUCGGGUGGUGAGGGCCAGGCGUCGUACAGUAAGGCGUCAGGACACGCCCCCUGGCCGGAGCCCAUCACCGGUCUCCUGCAUCUGACACCUGUUGGGGCUCAGGGCCGCAGGGAUAUAAUCUUCUCCGUCUCCAUCCCUGAGAACCGCAAGAAAGACAAACACAAAACUAAUCCAUCUUUCAGCUCCCCGUAUGAAAGUAGUGAUAUCAGUACUGUGUGUGAUGCGUCGGAGGCAGAGGAGACGACCAGGGAGGAGGCGAAGAAGGAGAGAACAGACGCACCUUCAGAUACUUUGUGUCCUCGCCUCGCCACCAUCACCCUCCAAGACGAAGCCAAGGGUGACCUCAGGCCAAAGAGAGAGACGUCUAACCGCAGCGACACGAAAGACUGCAGCGUGACUGACCUCUCUAGUAGUAGUGUGGUGGAGGGCUCGGCAGUGCCUCCUCUCUCCUGGCAACUGCGGGAGGAGGCCAGAGACCGCUGUGACGUCGACCUAAGGAAGCCGCCCCCAAGGUACCGCAGCUUCUCCCUGGACGAGACCCGUACCACCCUGCAUAACCAAAACACGAGGCUCGUCAACUCCUCCACCCAGUCGCACCGCCCGGAGGCUCUGGAUGACUUCCUCCGUGCUGUAGAGUCUCGGAUCCGUCGUGGCAGUAUGGACCAGCCGCCCCAGGACCUGCCUCCUCCCCCAUGCUUCCCCCCGUCGCCCCUCUCCACCCCAGCUUCCACCCCGGUUUCCACCGCCGCCCACGACCUAUCGUUUUCCUCUACGGUGGUCUUCGACGCCUUCACACAGACCACGCCCGCGCCCACGCCCCCGCCGGCUUCCAGGGCGUCCUCAGAUACCUGGCUCAGUGAGUAUGGCUGCGACGACUUGGCCUCCAUGGAGCCUUGCGCCUCGUCCCUGGCUCUGAGCGCCACCGAGGACGACUAUGGCGAGGACUACGUCGACGAUGAUGACGACUGGUCUCGUGACGGGUCCCUCUCCUCCUCCUCACCGCCGCCCACGCCAGCGUCCAUGCCCCGCGACGACUCCUCCCUGUCGCUGUCAGAGUCGCUGGACACACUCGACCUUAAUGGAGAAUCUGGAAUCGGCACAGUGUCGACGCGGCCCUCAGUCAGCCCUCACCCUCACGUCACCCUCGACCUCUCGGGCUCCAACCUCUCCUCGGAAGACACUGGCCUGGAGAACAGCUUCGAGCGUCGCAUCCGACGGUACAUACCGCACAACCGCAGCGGGAGGGAGAGUGAACACAGCUCUCACUACCGUCCACGCCGCCCCAGACCACGACACCAUGAACAGUGGGUCCGACGUGAAGACCAGACCACUCAGACGGACCCUGAGCCGCCCACGCUCGCCCACAGCAUCGACGAGGACAGUCAUGACAGUUACCGUGAGUCUAAUGAGACGCUGGAAGGUAGUCGUGGAGGAUCAGUGGAGCGGAUGGUGAGGCACACACACAGUGAGCCUCGCCUGGACUCCGCCAUAAUACCUGUGGCAGGGGUGCUCAGGGGCGUGUAUAGCGAGGCCGCCCUCCCGCCCCUCCCGCUGCAUCACUCCUCCCGUACUCCCUUCACGCCCUCAGCACCUACGUUACCCACGCUGACGGAGGACAAGCCCCCUAAAGCUCCGUCAAAACCCACGCGGCCUCGUCACCUGUCGCUAGUGUCCCCCAACCACCAGUCGUCGCCGGGGAAGGCUUGCUCGGCCCCCACCCUAGAGACGCGCCCCGCCCAGCCCCACGCGGCACACACCCCCGCCACCACGCCCUCUGAGGACUCUUCUGGAGAGACGCCGAUGCUGACGACCAGAGCUCAAUCCUCCAAGGAAAUAGCAGGUGAGUCGCUUAAUUAACUAGUACACCUUGUUAACUCACCUGUGUAGAGGCUCGUA